UGAAGAGAAGAAGUAAUAAAAAUGGCUGCGCUCUUACGAGGCGUGAGACUUCUGUUCCCAAUAGAAGAAUCCGUAUUUCUUUCUUCAAGAAGCGAUAUUAUUGUUGAUCCGAAGCGCUUUGUUCGCGGCCUGAGGAGGAAACCUGUCAAGGUGCUGAGUUUUGAGGACCAAGCGGCUAAAGCUCCCAAACAGCCGCUGCCUUCUCGGCCUGAUGCUCUGGCAGCGAAGCAGGAGGUGAAAGGAAACAGUCCUGCAGCUCCAACGAGGCAUCCUGACAGGACUGACCCUGCUAACACCAGGAGUGAAACCGCACAGCAUCCCCAUUUCACCAUCACUGCGGACCAGGUAGAAGGACUGCGCUACGAGAGAGCCUUUCCUGGAGAUAAGAGAUUAUCGAGGUUAGUCAGCGUUGCCCGAUCCAGGACAUUUCGGGAGCACCAGGGGAAAAUCCUCCUGGAGGGCAGGCGUUUGAUUUGUGAUGCGUUGGAGGCCGGCGCUCGCCCACAGACCGUCUUCUUCAGCUCUCUGGAUCGGCUCCGGGAGCUGCCACUGGACAAGCUGAGGGGGGCAUCAAUUGUCAAAGUCAAGUUUGAGGAUAUUAAGAUCUGGUCGGAUGUUGUGGCUCCACAGGGAGUGAUCGCUAUAUUUUCCCGGCCUGAUCCUUCACGGCUGAACUAUUUACAAAGAGGUCAGUCGAUGCCGUUGUCCCUGAUAUGUGACAAUGUCCGUGAUCCUGGGAAUCUGGGGACCAUGCUGCGAUGUGCUGCAGCAGCUGGCUGCCAUGACGUCCUUCUUAGCAAAGGUUGCGUUGAUGCUUGGGAGCCUAAAGUCCUUCGUGCUGCCAUGGGCGCCCAUUUCCGACUCCCUAUUUUUCACAACCUGGACUGGGAUGAGAUAAAAAACCAUUUCUCUAACGCUGUGGCUGUGCAUGUGGCUGACAGUUCUUGCGGUCAUCAACUAAGAGGAAACACAGAGGAUGAUAGGACUCCACGGCUCUCCAAACCUGGAGAUUAUGGUUGGAUCAGCUCAUCAUCCAACAGGAAAAAGAUUAAGUACGAGGAAUACGAUUCAGAUUCUGAGUCAGAAGACGAGGAGAUUUCCUUCCCCAGACUGGAACCCAAGGUCUACUUCGAGAGCUGGGCUCAGAGUCCCACUGCUCUGGUGAUUGGUGGAGAGACACAUGGUCUGAGUACAGAGGCGGUCCAGUUGGCGGAGAAAACCAAUGGUUAUAGAGUCUUUAUUCCUGUUGUUCCAGGAGUGGACAGCUUGAACUCAGCCAUGGCUGCCAGUAUCCUUUUGUUUGAGGGCAGGAGGCAGCUGCUAAAGCUCCUGCAGACAUCUGGGAAGAAGAGACUGGAGUCUAAGGCAGAGAGAAAGCUCUCAUAAUUGAUCAAGGUGGAACUAAAUGUAUAAUGUUUGGUAACUCUCUGCAAUAAACUGAUGAAUUUCACCUAAAAUGUGGAACAUAUUGUCUUAUCUGUAAAAAUAAUCUUAGUAGUUGAGAGCCAAGCUUAGGCUUUUUUCUAAAGAUUGGAAUUAACUUCCAUAAUAAAUCCAUUUAGAGCAAUUCUUUGGUGCCAAAUCUAAUAAGAAAUUGUAGGGUGAUAAAAUUAAAAAAGGUAAAACUCUCCUUUAUAUUUAAUGCACAAUAUUUUGGGGAUUUGUUUUGUCAAUUUUUGUUUCAAUGUUUUGGAUUUUUGUUUUUCUUAUGUCCAUGUACUGGACAGUAGAAACACUCAAUGCUUUGCAGCGACUUCCUUUGCAUGUUUUAAUUAUUUAUUAAAAGUAAAUAAAGGCCUUGCUUAAAGAAAACUAAGCUUUUGUACUAAUCUAUCUUUGUACUACAGUCAUAUUUAUCAUUUUUCAGCACAG